AUGAUGGGACCAGUCAAUCAAAAGCCAUUACCAGAACAACCCUUUCCCUGGUUAACUGAUCGCCAGGUCUCAACAAUACCUAAAGCUAUAAUAAAAGAAGGAGAAGGGCAAUUUUGGGUAUAUCCUAGUCCACAGUUGUUUUGGAAUACCAUGCUGAGAAAAGGUUGGAAAUGGAGAGAUGAUGAUAUUGAACAAGGAGAUAUGGACAACAUAAUAAAAAUUCACAAUACCAAUAACGAACAAGCAUGGCAAGAAGUUUUAAAAUGGGAGCACAAGACUACAGUCCCAGAGCUAGAAUUCGCCAUCUUUUGGGAUAUGAAUUACCUUUUGACAGACACGACUGGAUUGUUGAUAGAUGCGGAAAGGACGUCCGGUAUGUAA